UAAUUCAGAGUCCAAUCACGAAAGUAUUUGUUUGUUUGUUUGUUUAGUACAACGUAGAACCAUCUAGUUUUCCAUAGAAUGAACCACGCCCAGGCCACCACCUUAAAUCUUGUUAGUUGCGUGUUUAUCCUUCUUCUUCCUACGGUUUCAAAACAUUUGAUUUUUCUGUGAGAUUUCUCUGUGUUGUUCCAGAAUCUUCUAUUGUGAUGGCAUGUCGGUGUAUUUAAAUCCGUGCUUAGUAAGAAAUCGUCAUAAAAUUCUGUCUCUAAUUCUUUAAGUUUUUGCUCUCCAAAUUCGGAAGAAUCAAUCUCGUUGAUAGUUGUUGAUCUCCAUGGAGGAAGCUUCGAACGCUAGGUAUUGGUGCCACGCGUGCUCGCGAACGGUGAUCCCCGUAAUGGCGGUGGAGAUCGAGUGCCCUCGUUGCCACACCGGCUUCGUCGAGCAGAUGGGCGGCGCCGUCGACGACGACGACCUCGUCUCCGAUCGUGCCCUCUCUCUGCUGGCGCCGAUCCUCCUCGGGAUGCUCGCCAACCGAAACCCUCGCACCGAAUCCCAAGACGAAGACGCCGCCGCCGCCGACGACGACGGCGCCGGCGACGACGGCGCCGGCGACCCCCGCCGCCCCCAGCGGCGGAGCCCCGCCUUCGUCCGAUUGCUCCGCCGAUCGGACCCCGAAAACCCUAGCCGCGAAGGCGAUCGCAUCAUCCUCAUCAGCCCGUUCCGGCAGGCGAUCCUUCUCGACGAUCCGGGCACGGGGAUCACCAUCGGCGACUACUUCGUGGGGCAGGGGCUGGAUCAGCUGCUGCAGCAGCUGGGGGAGGGCGAUCCGAGCAAGUACGGGACCCCGCCGGCGAGGAAGGAGGCGGUGGAGGCGAUGCCGAGGGUGCGGGUGGAAGAGGCGGCGACGUGCGCGGUGUGCUUGGAGGAGCUCGCGGUCGGGGAGGAGGCGAGGGAGAUGCCGUGCGCGCACCGGUUCCACGGCGCGUGCAUAGUGCCGUGGCUAGGGUUGCAUGGCUCGUGCCCCGUGUGUAGGUACCAAAUGCCCGUGGAGGAGGAGGCGAAGGAGCCCUCCAAUGGUGGUGGUGGAGAGGGUGUUAAUGGCGGAGAGAGCGGUAAUGGUGGUGGAGGGGAGCAUGGGAGGAGGUUGUGGGUGCCCCUGCCGUGGCCGCUUAGUACGUUAUUUUCAUCGUCGGAGGCAGCGGGGGCGGCAGAGACGGAAAGCCAUGGGAGCUCGGCUUCUUCUGGUAGUGAUUCUUGAACAUGGCGGUGAUCCAAAAUGUGCUUUUUCUUGUAUAUAGUUGGGAUGUUGCCAGAUUGGAUUUGUAAGUUUUGUUCUUUGAUU